AUGGUAGAAUUCCAGCAAAAGACCCUUCAGGAAGUCUUGGGUGAAAUCGAGAGGCUCCUCGUAAAGCUGCUGGCGGACUGUGAGAGGAACACGAAGGAAGAGUUUGUGGGCUCGGCGGCCUCUGGGUGUCAGAGCAGCUCCGGGGAAGGUCCCUCGCCCCUCACUGCUUCCGAGCCACCGAUCCUAUCGACGAAAGACUCCACCAAUGAUACGAUUCGAUUGGGGGAGCGGCCUCAAAAAGUGCCGAGCCCCAAGUCCGAGCCUCCUCCUCUCAGCUGCGAGCCUCCUCCUCUGGCCGCGCAGUUCAAGGACAGCCCCUGCCGGAGGUCCAUGCGCUCCGUGAACAUCGCCGAUGAUCUUCUGGAGAUCGAAAGCGCGAGUGAGGAAUCUUUGGAGGCUUUUGAACUCAAUGAUUGCUGGACCCAGAUUCAUGACAGCACCCACAUGAGCAAGAUGACCCGGAGGGCCUCCGUGGCAAUGACGCAGACGCAGAACACCCAAACAGUUCAUCUCGUUGCCGUGUCCCAGAAGAAGAGGUGUUCCCAUCCUCUUGUGCAGAUCUGGGCGGGUGUUUUCCUUUCCGUCAUCCUCCUAGAUGUGGUACGCUGGCCUCUGAUCGCCUUUGAGGGGAAGUAUGCGUUGGCUACGGACCUCUCAAUAACCACCUUCGAGUUUUUGAGCAUUCCCCUCUCGGCCACGAUCGCCUGGUCGGCAACGGACACCUGGCGGCGUGUGCUCCCCUUUGCUCUGUUGGAGGUUCUCCUCAUCACCACCCAAUGCGUCGAUGUGCUCCUCGGUGCCAACUCUGCAUUGCUCCGCAGCGUGCAGCUCCUUCGAUUACUGCAGUUGCCCAGGCUGUUCGUCAUGGCUGGGCUGUCCAGGUACCUGCAUCUGACUUUGGUGCACACCAGUCGCGAGAUGCGAGCUGUGUUAAACCUUCUGCUUGCCGGCCUGAUGCUCUGCCUCUUCCUGCACAUCUUAACCUGCCUCUGGUUUUUCGUGGGGCAGAACGGUGGCUGGGUGGAAUCUGAGACCGACCACAUGGAGUUUCAGGCCAAGUACAUGACGAGCUUGGAGUGGGCACUUUCUCGCAUCCCUCCUUCCCGCAUGUCCGAGAAUAUGCUACUCCAACACCAGUCGGAACGAGUGGUCGCGCUGUUGGCCACGGGGCUCACGAUCUUGCGCUCUCCUCGGUGCUGUGCACGCUGUGAUACGAGAGCACGAGUACAACAGUGA